ACUGACGUAUUCACAGCUGUACUCGAGUUUGUUAUUAUUUUUCGAAAAAUUAUAACUUUUUUCAAUAUAAAUUGUAUGAAAUACAAUAAUAUAUACAAAUAUGACGGAUCGAGAUUAUGCACCGUUGAGCUCUGCUUGUGUCCGCGGACUAUGUGAUAAAUUAUAUGACAAAAGAAAAUUUGCAGGCGUUGAGAUAGAAAAAAUGGUGAAGGAUUUUAACGAUGCGAAUAAUACAAGUCAAAUAAAACGUUUGAUUCGUGUGCUCGGUCAGGAUCUAAUGUCAUCCACCAAUCCCAAUGUUAAAAAUGGAGCUCUUAUGGGACUCUCGUCUGUUGCAGUUGGUUUGGGAAAGGGAAGUGUAGAUUAUAUGGGAGAAUUGAUUCAUCCAAUCAUAGCGUGUUUGGGCGAGAGUGAAGCCAGGGUGAGAUACUCUGCUACAGAAGCAUUGUUCAAUGUAUUGAAGAUUGUGCGCAGUGCCUCACUCACACAUUUCCCAUUAGUAUUUGAUGCAUUGGCUCGACUGGCCGCUGACCCAGAACUACAAGUCCGUCAGGGAGCGGAGCUGCUUGAUAAACUUGUCAAAGACAUAGUGAGUGAGAGUGGUACAGUGGACGUGUCGCUGGUGGUGCCGCUGGUCCGGGAGCGUCUGUAUGCACGGUCGGCGGCGGCGCGCGUCUUCGGCGUGGGCUGGCUGAGCGCGCUGGACGCCUCGCCCGCCCUGGGACUCCGGGCUCACCUGCCGCUGCUGCUCGAUCCACUGUUCACCGUUCUUGAUGACCCCAACCCGGAAAUACGUCGCAUGUGCGACGUGCAACUGAACGAGUUCCUCCGAAGCAUCAAGAAGGACCCCUCGGAGGUGGACUUCGAGUCUAUGAUCAACAUCCUCAUCACACACGCCCAGUCCACCGAGGAACUGCUGCAGCUGACGGCGCUGACAUGGCUGAAGGAGUUCGUGAACGUGUGCGGGCGUCGAGUGCUGCCCUCGGCCUCCGGCGCCCUGGCCGCCGCGCUGCCCUGUCUGGCGCUCGCCGACCACUCCGACAUGAGGACCAAAAUCCGAGAAACGGCGGCGGCUGUGAACCAUCAGCUGAUAAAGCUGGUCGUGUCGGAUGACGACUCGCCCGUGGAUGUGGUGCAGCACAGGGUACAGGGGAAGGGGGAGGCACAGAGUAAUGAUGACACAGAGCAGGCGGGAACUCAGGGUAGUGAAAAAACAGAGGGCUCUCAUGAGAAGCGAGCCGAGGGUGACGACACGAGGGCUUGUCUCAACUUGGAGGCGGUGGUGGGAGUUUUGACACAGAUGUUACACCACAGCUCCCUGCAUACCAAGGUCGCCGCUCUCGACUGGAUCCUACAUCUAUAUAACAAGUUACCAAACGAGAUGUUUCUUCAGACGGAACGUGUGUUCUUGAGUGUGGUGGGCAGCUUGGCUGACCCGGCGGACGACGUGGUGCGCCGCGCCCUAGCCGUCCUCGCUGAGAUAUGUUCCUGCCACACCGCCACCACUACUGCCACCACCACCACGAGCAGCGACCCCGUCACCACUACCACAAGUGACCUUGAAUCCAGUCCGUACUAUCACAAAUUCCUGAAAGCUCUGUUGAGACUGCUCGCAGCCGAUGAGAACCUCCUAGAGGACAGGGGAUCGUUUAUCAUAAGACAGCUGUGUGUGCUGGUGGGGGCGGAAGCUGUGUACCGCGGCGUAGCGCUGUCUCUCCGCGGGGAGCGCGAGCUCCGAUUCGCGGCGCGCCUCGUGGACGUGUUGGACACUCUGCUGCUGACGGCCGCGGAGCUGCAUCACCUGCGCCGCAGUCUGAGAGCCUUCUCCGACCCGGCGACGGUGUCCCUGUUCGAAACGCUGUACGAGUGCUGGAGCCACAGCCCGGUGGCGCUGCUGGCUCUCUGUCUCCUCACACACAACUACCAGCACUGCAACACGCUCAUAUCUACAUUUGGGGACUUAGAGAUAACGGUGGACUUCCUCACCGAAGUGGACAAACUGGUCCAGCUGAUCGAGUCGCCGGUGUUCGCCUAUCUCCGCCUGGAGUUGUUGGACGACGAGCGCAGUCGCCCGCUCCGUUCGGCUCUUUUCGGUCUUCUGAUGUUGUUGCCUCAGAGUGAAGCGUUUCACUCUCUCCGCCGACGCCUGCACUGCGCCCCUCCCCCUCCCCCUCUCACAGCUCGCCCCCAGCAAACGGAACCCCCAGCUCCCCAGUCCCCCCCUGGACUUGAUUUCGACGCGUUGCUGGCGACCUUUCAGCGCGUGCAGGCAGCUCACCGUGACUACCGUACGCUGGAGAGACGACUCAGCCGCGCUAAGCUCUUUGAUAGAACGUACUCAUAGCGGGGACGGUGACGCGACUGUGCCACGCCGUAUGACUAAUCACCGCAUGUAGUCCCCGCGCUAGUGACCGUCAUCUCGUGGGGUAUGUGAGCGGUGUACUGGCUUGACGAACACAAAGUAUUUUUGUAAACAAACAAUUCCCCGGGUGACCAAGUUACAAUCUGUCUUAAUUGAUAAAUUGUUAUAUUUGAAAUUUUCAGAGUAUACAGAAAUAAAUACACAUUUAAAAUUUGUAAAAUAUAGUUACUAUUAUAUUUUUUCAUAUAAUGUUUAUGAUCAAAUCUUAUCUUCGGUUUCGUCCCAAAAAAAAAUGCGUACCUUGUAAAUAAAAUUUAUUAUUUGUUAUGAUAUUGUCGGACCUGUCUUAGGAUAUAUAUAACUUAUGCGCUUGGAACAAGCCGGUCCUAAUAAUUUUAUCAGAUGAUUAAAGCUAAAUUAGUUGGACAAGUGUCAUCUUGGCCUCCCCACCGCUCACAUGCCUCAGGAGGCGUCUAGCGCACAUAUAGCUGAUAGGAUUAUAAUCGUUAAAUAUGCGUUAUAUACAACACGCCGAUGAGAGGCACGCGGCCACUACUCACGCUUCAUUAUUAUUAAGAGAUGACACGUGGGGAAAAAAUCAGCACAUUAAAUGAAAAAUAGUUUUAUUAACAGACCCCUGCUCUUCAAUAUUAUACAGGGGUUAUAAUAUUUUUGCUAGUAAUACACAAGUUACCCGAUUAUAUCGUCGUAUGUUGUCGAGUCAGUCGUGUGAUUUUUUAACAAUAUUCCGCUAUUUUUAUAAUUCAAUACAUUUUUCAUAUCAGAGAUCUCAUUGAUCUGGUUAAAAUGUGAACUCAACAAUAACUGUACUAAUAAUGUCGCUUGUGAACACAGAGUUAUAGGUAUAUACAUAUAUAUUAUUUGUGAAUCCUGACCACUCUCUCAGCACCAUGUUGUUGGCACAUUGUUCUCUGCCCUUUCAUAGCAAUUGUACUAUAAUUCAUUAUAUAAUUUUAUAUCUCUAACCGCAUCUUUUUUGACUACAGACGUGCUUCAAACACUUGACCGAUUGGCAAAUAAACUGGGGAAUAUAAUAUGUAUAUGUAUGAGAUAAAGCUGUAUAUAGACAAUCUUCCUGCUGAUUCAUAUACAGGCUGUAGCGGAAUUAAUGUUUCAUAGAUUAGAUAAUCAUUUUGUAAAAAACUUUAUAUGAUAAAUAAUUAAAUUAUUUACACAUUCCA